CCUUCAUUUCUUCCCCCCCCCCCCCCUUUCGCCCGUGGCCUUCUCCCCUGCUCCGGAAGCGACGACUGGGGGAACUGCCACGGGUGCCGCGCCGCCCUUCGCCGGACGUCGGGCUCUGUGCCAGCCACGACCAGCCUUGGGAACGGCAGGUACGGCGGCUGAAGGGGAGGUCGACGCCUGGCUCCGAGCUUCUUCCUUCAUCCUUUCGUAUUUGGUUUCCUUUUCUCCCUGAUCUCGUAGAUGCAAUGAUUGAGAACCUGUGAUCCAAAACAACGUUUGUGGAUCAGUUGAGCAGUCUCUCAAUUGCAAGUUCGAGCAGAGCUUUAAGAAGUUUGAUGAUUGGUAUAUUCUCAAUACUACAUUAAAGUGCCAGAUGCCCAAAAUAAAGAACCUCUCUAAUGCUUGUAAAGUAUCAUUUUCUCCAAAUGGGCCCAUAUCUGAAGAGGCACUUGAGAGAGUUCGUGCACUAUUAGAUGAGAUAAGACCUUUAGAUGUUGGUCUAGAUAAUGAAGCACAAAUUGCAUGCAAUUGGAAUAGUUCUACACGUCAACCAAACGGGAGACAAGGACGUAAUGGGGCUAACCAGUUCGCCUCUCCGAUCAAAUAUUUGCAUAUCCAUGAAUGCGAAAGUUUCUCUAUGGGUAUAUUUUGUAUUCCUCCGUGUUCAGUUAUUCCACUUCACAACCAUCCUGGAAUGACUGUACUGAGCAAGCUUCUUUAUGGAAAACUGCACUCUGAAUCCUAUGAUUUGAUUGAUAUAGCUGAUCCAUUUGACCAAUUCCAAGCGAGACCAGCAAAGCUUGUCAGAGAUUGUGAAAUGUCGGCACCAGAGACAACCAUUCUUUACCCCAACAGGGGUGGUAACAUCCACACUUUCAGAGCCAUCACACCAUGUGCUCUCUUCGACGUCCUUUCUCCACCAUAUUCUGCUGAGGAGGGGCGACACUGUUCAUACUUCCGGAAGUCUCCAGUGAAGGAACCACAUGUUGUUUUGCCCAGUGAAAUAGAUAGCUCAGAAGUAGUCUGGUUGGAGGAGUUGGAAGACCAUCAGCCCCCUGAGGAUUUUGUUGUUGCGAGAGGUCUUUAUAAAGGCCCUGUAAUAAGGAGAUAAUUUGGUUUGGAGCACGUAGUCCACGAACCACAAAUCAGCUGAAAUAGGAUGAAGGAUUCCAGUAUUUAUUGCAUGUGAUUUAGAAGAGCAAGCAUCACAGGGUCACUGGGCAGCUCGUGGUUUACUUAGUACAUGUCAAAUUGAGCUGUGAUCACCUGACAUCGAUUUUACAGAGCAGGAAUGAACGUUUAUGGUUUGGUCACCAUUUUAAUUCUAUGUGCCCACUGCUGGAGCAUCUCUGACGUACAUCAGAUGAAGACCCUGGCGUACAUACUUCUGAGCAUAGUCUGUCAUACCACUUGUCAUGCUGUAGUAGGUAGGUCAAAUGGAACAAGCUUUACACCUAAUGGUGAUUUCGGAAAGAA